UCUUGAACCAUUACGUUAUGCUUACUCCACACACACAGGGCAGUCGGAGAGAGGGAAGACGUAAUGGUUUGAUUCCCCUGUGCACUUGCGAUGGUCGUCGUUCUGACAUUACUCGGCAAUUUCCUCAAACGGGAGGCGCAAUGAAGGCGGGGGCGUCGUCCAUGUGGGCGUCAUGCUGCGGACUGCUGAACGAGGUGAUGGGCACGGGCACGGUGCGGACGCAGCAACCAGGGUUCGGGGCAGGGGCGGGGCCCUUCCGCUUUGCCCCCAGCGCUGGGUACUCCACCUACCCCCCCACCAGCUCAGGGAGCGCCGGACAGCUGUGCAAGGCCUGCGGACUGGCCUUCUCUGUCUUCAGACGCAAGCACAUCUGCUGUGAUUGUAAGAAGAGUUUCUGCGCCCUGUGCUCGGUGCUGCAGGAGAACCUGCGCUGCUGCACGACCUGCCACCUGCUGCGCGGCACGGCCUUCCAGCGGCCCCGGCUCAUGCAGCUCCGGGUGAAGGACCUGCGCCAGUACUUGCUGCUGCGCAACAUCCCCACCGACACGUGCAGGGAGAAAGAGGACCUGGUGGACCUGGUGCUCUGCCAUCAGGGGGCAAGGGAAACCCAGAGGGCAGCGGUGGUGGAGGAAGAGGACGAGGAAGAAGAGGAGGAGGAGGAGGAGGAAGAGGACGCACGUGGGGAGGAGAGAGAGGAGGAGGAGGAGGAGGAGGAGGAUGAAGGGGAGGAUACAGACAGUCUGCACUCGCUCCCCCACUCGCAUGCCGCCUCACCCCCCUCCGCCACGCGCUCCACCUCUGAGCAGUCGGUCCUCUCUGCCUCUCAGGGAGACGUGCUCAGCCCAAGUGACAGCUCAGGGACCACCAGCCAGGAGCAUGAGGAUACUCCAACAGCGUCCCUCUUGAACCUGGAGCCCACUGAAAAUAUCAUAGAGGUCAGUCCGGCAACACAGAGGAGGAUCAGGGCCUCGCUGUCUGAUCUGGACAAUGAGGAGGCGAUAGAGAACCUGUCCGUCCGCCAGCUGAAAGAGAUUCUCGCCAGGAACUUUGUCAAUUACUCGGGCUGCUGCGAGAAGUGGGAGCUGCUGGAGCGAGUGCAUCGACUCUACAGAGAAAAUGAGCAGAACAGGAAAUCCAUGGAAAAUGUGAGCAUAACUGCAGUGGUUGCAUAUCCUCCACCUCUCUGCAACAGUGGAGUUGGAGAUGGUGUCAAAGCUCAGCUGGCGGCUGACGAAAACUUGUGUCGCAUCUGCAUGGACGCUAUCAUCGACUGCGUGCUGCUGGAAUGUGGUCACAUGGUUACCUGCACCAAAUGUGGGAAGAGGAUGAGCGAGUGCCCCAUCUGCAGGCAGUACGUAGUGCGGGCCGUGCACGUCUUCAAGUCUUAAAAAAAACUUGCGCAUGCGUGUCAGAGCAGUGCCUCUGGCACGCACGCGGCCCGAGCCCUGAAUUUAUCAUCACUGAGGAUGAACUGCUGUGCAUGACGUCUCGCAGGGCCUAAUGCUGCAGCAGGCGUGAGCAACUUUCCGGUCCUUGAAACCAGACUGUUGCCUCUGGCCUACCACGGUUUGUUUCCCCACCCCUCUUACUAACUCAUGUUUCAGUCCCACUUCGUCUCCCUGGUGGACCGUCGUCAGCUGCACCGGGACACUCACUCCUUUCUCUCUUUGGUCUGUUAAACACGCCCCCCGCCAUCACUUUCUGCUCUCCAUUCUCUGUUUAGAUUUUACUCACAGGAGAGGAGAGGAGGUGGUCCCGUGGAUACUUGAAGUGGUUCGGGGUUGUUCUGUGUGACAAAGAGAAGCAGCGUGAUGAAAAAUAUAAGAUCCCAGGGUUAGAGUCAAUAUGGUUUACACAGUCAUGCCACAUGACACUGUGUUAUCUCCCUCAGUGUUCUUUAGGAUGUGCAAUAUAAAAAAAGAGACUUACACAUGUUUAGGACAUGUCUAUUUGUUAAUCCGAAUCCCAUACGCACCGAGUCAUCGCGUCUCACACACAGGAGGGUGUAAGGUGCCAAACGUCAUGCCUUUGAUUGAUAUUUGGGUUAGGAUUUCACAGUAUAUGCAUCUCAUAACCAGCAAGCUUGGUGUGAUAGUUUACUCUUUUUUUUUCUCUGUUUCCUCAAAUGAACUUUAGGAAAUAAAAGUGGGUACAUGUAAACCUUUGAACACUUACUGUGUGAAUGUGUUUUGCCGUUUCCUCAUCUAAAAAUUAAGUGCGCCGAUGUGAUUUCUGCUGUCUGCUGACAACACACACAAACAGUAAAAACCCACUGCUUGGUCACGUGACGUGCCGCACUACAUUCCUUUUAGAUCUGUUUUGAGAGUCAAAGUUCAUUCAUGACCUUUUGAAACAGCAGUAUGACAAAAAAACCUACUUAAAACUCAAGGCCCGCUUACUAACUUUUUUUUCCACGCUUUCAACCACAUCUCACCAUUUUCAUCAGCAGAUAGUUUCCUCACUUGUCACGUCAUGGAGAUGGUUCAGCUGACAUCACGUGAUCUAAGGUGGUCAUAUGCUGUAUAAUCCCCUGAGAUGUGGCUGAAACAUGAGGAAAAAGCUAAUAAGUGGACCUUGAUUUAAGACACUAUUUUUAAGUAUAUCUUAAAGACUUAUUCCUCUUUAAUUUUGAAUAACUUCCACCAAGCAAUACCAUUUAAUUUACAAGUCUACCAAGUGUCUUUGUUUGAUUGUGUUGUCCGUUAAUGUCAAAUCUUAGGUAGGUAACAGGUGCUACUUCCUCUUUUUUGAGUGUAACAUCAACAUACCUUUUUGUCACGUUGUCACGGCAUCCUUCCAUCCGUCACACAGCAAGAGGUAGAAGAAGCCUGGUUUACUUUAACCUGUUAUGCAAACCAAACACUUUGUUUUCUUGUCAUGGGAUCCAGUUAACUCAGAUGUCACUAUAAUAUCUGUGUACAGUAUGCCUGUGGUAUGUUUAAAAAAAAAAGCGGAAUUGCUGUUAAGUGAAUCGCAUAGAUAGUUUAUAUUGUUGUUUACUGAUAAGUUAUUAAAUGUAUAUUUUUCCAUGUACUUGGGAGACGACAUGAUUUAAAAUUCUAAUCAGUAUGGAGGUUAAAAAAAUAAAAAAAUAUACUGUUUUUCAGAAUGUAUUUCUGCUGGUUUUGGUCAGACGAGUUCCUCAGUCCUCUGAUCGCGUCACUCUCUCACCAUUAAAGUUGCGUCAUGGUCUUGCGUUCUAGCACUUUUUGUUGUCGUCUGCUUCAGAUCUAAAACCGACACUGACACCAUGCACUGUAACAAACACUGUAACUCUGUAAGUCUGUUUGUUGAUGCUGCUGUUUCUCAAAGAUGUCAUUCAUGGGCAGCUACAGUAUUAUCAGAGUAGGAGGGUAUCAUGAGCACUCAUAAUCCUGGAUCUUUAUAUUUUGGAAUGUUGAACCUUUUUAUUUUGGUAAACAAAAGAAAAUGAUUUAUUAGAUUCAAUAAAAUGCAGUACUACAAACCAGAACAUAAAACCCUGCUCUUCAUUUUGUAAUUGGUCAUACAUUUAGGUUGAUUUUUUGUUUAUUUAUUUUUUCUAUUUUAGCCAACACAGCAGCUGGCAUGUUGCAAAUUAUCAAUAAAAUGUAUAAAUAUAAUAAAUAAAUAUAAAUAAUACAACUACAAAUCUACUAACAGCAAUAUUCCAGUCUGAGCAUAUAAUAAUCUUCCUUAUUUAUACAAAAUGCUUAGAGUUAUAAUCCUUAAUCCUUUAAAUACCAUUUAUGACACUUAUGGCAUUUUUCUGCAUCAAUGUGUUUAUAUUCAGAAAUAUCCUCUCUGUACAUGUUUUGAUUAUUAGUGGCGAAGUCCGCCUUUCCCGCCCUGGAUUCAAAUUGCCCACCUAUGCAUGCUACAACAUGAGUUUGUUUGGUUUCACUGUAAUCAGAUACAUCCAUUUUGCUGUAUUUCUGACAAAGCAGCUUCUCAAGCAGUGUUGGCUG